AUGAGUGAGGAUGUUGAACCUGACUUUGAAGAGGUGGUCAACACGUAUACUGAUGUUCUCCCCUCUCCGGAGUUGUUCCACCAUGAAUUGUUCAGGUGGAAGCUGUACUUGAGCGACAAGUUUGAUGACAAUUUACCAUCAAGUAUUGCGGAAACUAUCAAGAUAUGUGACCAGGCAUAUUUUCCUAACAUAUAUGUCUUACUUCAGAUAGCAGCUACAAUCCCUGCAACAAGUUGCGAAUGUGAACGGAGUUUCUCUGCACUGAGGAGGUUGAAUACUUUCAACCGUGCCUGUAUGGGCCAGAAAAGGCUUUCGGCCCUUGCCCUAAUUCAUAUACACUAUGAUAAAGAACUAAAUCUGGAUGAUGCCGUGGAUAUUUUUGCAAAGCUCCACCCAAGGAGAAUGGACCUGCAGAGUAUUAUAUUCCAUGACGAAUAG